AUAAAAAAGGGAGAGGUAUGUUAAAAUAAUUUUUGACGUGCUUAAAUCAAUUUCCUGAUUACUCAUUAAAAAAAAAGUUGCUUGAAAAAUCUGAUACUUUUUCCUAAAAAAAUUCAGAAAGUGUUUUUAUUCGUUUGUUCCCUAUAUGCUAUGUCACCCGUUACCUCGGAUGCAUUUGAAUCUAGAUAUUCCCGAAAAUAGAAUUCAAACACUCACUUCAAUUCAUUCUUCCUCUCACUAAGCUCAACCCUGUAAAGUACUCAACAAUGGCGAUCAUCACUGAACACGAAGACAACCAGAAUAACCAACCAUCUUCUCCUUCCAAAUCCAAACCCAAACCCAAACCCAAACCCAAAUCCAAAUCCAAACCCAAAUCAAAACCCAAUCCCCAACCCAAACCCAGAACCCAAACCCAAAACCCCUUCAUCUUCUGGUUCUACUUCACUGUAACAAUCUCUCUUAUCACUUUCAUCUUCGUUUCUCUCUCCUCUUUCUCCUCCCCUGAUCCCAAAACCUGGUUUUUGAAAUUACCCACAAUUCUCAGAGAUCAUUAUUCUAAAGGGAGAACAAUCAAGGUUCAGAUUAACCCUAAUGAACCCCCAAUUGAGGUAUUUUCUUACUCCCAAGGUUCUAGAACUUCUGAAAAUGUGUUGAUUGUUCAUGGGUUAGGUUGUAGUUCUUUUACAUUUAAAAGGGUAGUUGAUGAUUUAGGUUCUAAUGGGUUUUUUGGGGUGGCAAUCGAUUUACCGGGUUCCGGGUUUUCGGAUAAGACGGUGGAAAGAGAGAUUGAGGUUGUUCGUGAAGCUGGGGUUUUAGAGAAGUUUUCAGAGAUGUAUGAGGAGAUUAAGGAAAAGGGAAUUUUUUGGGGUUUUGAUAAUUUGAUUGAACAUGGGCAUCUUCCUUAUCAAGAGGUUAAAAUUCGGGUUUCGAAACAGAAGAUUGUUGAGCCAUUGGAAUUGGGAUCACAAGAAUUGGGUAGGGUUUUGGGACAAGUUAUUGAUUCAAUGGGAUUAGCCCCUUUGCAUUUGGUUUUACAUGAUUCAGCUUUGGUAAUGGGAGCAAAUUGGGUUGCUGAAAAUGCAGGGUUAUUGAGGAGUCUUACACUUAUUGAUACUAUGCCUAGGGGAACAGCAUUGCCCUUGUGGGCAUUGCAAGUGCCCUUGAUUCGGGAUGUGGUUUUGAGGGUUGAUUCUGUGUUUGGAAGAUUGAUGGGUUCGUGUUGUUCGAAAUCGUUUCAGGGUUCGAGUUUGGAGGCUCAUAGGGUUCUUUUGAAGGGUAGAGAUGGGAGGGAGACGGUUGUGGGAGUGGGGAGGAAUUUGAAUCAGAGUUUUGAUCUGGCUCAAUGGGCUAGUAUGGAUGGUAUUAAGGGUUUGCCUAUGCAAGUGCUUUGGUCUGGUAGUUGGUCUGAAGAGUGGAAUGACGAAGGUAAACGUGUCGCUGAGAUUGUAUCUCAAGCAAAGUUCAUCAAGCAUUCUGGUGGGAGGUGGCCUCAGGAUGACACUUCAAGUGAGGUAGCUGAAAACAUCAUUAGUUUAAUAUCUUCUCUACCAAAGACCGAAAGAAAAGUUGAUGAUGAACCUUUGCCAGAGCAUAUUCAAAAGAUGCUUGAUGAAGCAAAAAGUGGAGGCAGUAAUGACCAGCGUCAUGGUCAUGGUAGCCAUAGCCACCAUGAUGGGCAUACUCAUGGUCAUGGCCAUCAUGCAGAUUACAUGGAUUCCUACGGUCUUGGUCAAGGUCAUGGAUGGGGAAUGUGAUCUUCGGCUAAUCCUUAAUUUCUGGUAAAAAUAUGAUACUGGCCAUGAUAUAGUUGUCGAAACCAACAUAAACCUCAAAUAUUUGCGAAUAUGAAAGUGUCUUGGAUAUGGCCCGAGUUAACUAAUUGCCAAAUUUGAGAUCAUACAUAGCAGAGCAUUGACAUGCUAGAUAGUGGGUUUCUUUUUUCUAGCUCAUAUCAGCGUACUUUGAUUUUUUUUUUUUUUUUUUCCAUCUUGUUUUCUUCUGUUUCAUAUUUGAAUUUGUGCUUGUGAUUUUAGUAGUUUACCGGGCUUCAAUUUUGUUGAUCUACUCGGUUUUCCAGGUUGUUGGGUAUAUUAGAUUUCCCCUGCUCCUGAUUGAUGUAAGGGAUGGUAGGAUGUGGUAUUUUCAGGUUGUCGAACAGUUUGUUGUAUAAUGAGCUUGUAUCUUCAUAUGUAGUGAAUGAAAUUAGUGUUUUUCGGUUUUGUUUU